GUGACGCGUUCUGAUUACCACGCCCUAUGACAUCUGACCUACAAGAACAAAUAAUUGGAAAUAUGCUUGGCUAAAAUAUGAGCACCGAUAUCGUCAUAGCUUGGAGAUAGAAAGUAAUAUUUAGAGGAACGUUGAGGUCUUGCGUUGAUGUAGAAGAGAUUCAUGUUCAAUUCACCAGAAAGAGUCAUAGUUCUAUCUAAGUGAAGAUCCUGGGACAACUCCGGGGCAAGACUAAGAUCGAACUUUGGAACAUUCUCUAACAAAGCCUCCGGUCGUCUAUCCGCAUUCCACACUAAAACCUGUCAUACUUUUUUUAAGGCUAGUCUACACAAUAGGGCAGUGUGACUCCACAUCCUUAAAAAGAAGGCAAUCAGGUAUAAAGGCAUUGCACCCACGCUGUCCGUUCCUCCCGAACUCAAACACUUCACAACAGCAACGGUUCCUCCCAGUCAACUUCAUUGUUGUCUUCUACAUUCACCAUGGCACCGAUCGCUAUUACGCCCACUGCUACUCCUCCUCCAGAGUUGGACACCACCACUGGCCUCACUGCCAAUGGCAUUGAACACAAUGUCGUCAAGACUGCUCCCUCUGUUUUGAAAACAUCACAACCAUCAUCCAGUCCCUUGGCAGCCACAAUCACAGAAGUAUCAAGGAUCCCUUCGAAAGCCAGCAAUGACACUGCUGCCUCCCUAGCCGAGCUUGAUGCAUCGCUUCUCGAAACCACCUUGACUACCACUCCUCGUCAGGUUCCUGCCAUUGGAUCACCAGAGAUGGCUUCACAAAAGGUCUGCACCGACCAUAUGAUCCAAGCCAAAUGGACAGUAGAGUCCGGCUGGCACGCGCCCUCCCUUCAACCUUUCGGUCCUCUGUCGCUCUCCCCCACUGCAUCCUGCCUUCACUACGCCACCGAAUGCUUCGAAGGAAUGAAAUUGUACCGAGGAUUUGAUGGGAAACUUCGCCUCUUCCGCCCACAGUUGAACUGCAACCGCAUGCUCAUGUCCACCAACCGCAUCGCACUCCCAGCCUUUGCCCCCGAGGAGCUUCUCAAACUCGUCGUCAAGCUCUGCGCUACUGACGGAGCCAAGUGGCUUCCUAAAGACCGACCAGGCCACUUCCUCUACAUUCGCCCUACAAUGAUCGCCACAGACGCUGCCCUUGGCGUGGAGCGACCCAAGGAAGCCCUCCUCUUCAUUCUCCUCACAUGCUUCGCUCCCAUGGGUAACAUGUCUGGCGGCAUCAAGCUCCUCGCUUCCCAGGAUGAUAUGUGCCGCGCCUGGCCUGGAGGUUUCGGUUACGCCAAAGUGGGUGCCAACUAUGGACCUUCCCUCGUCGCACAGGGUGAAGCCCGAGCGAUGGGAUACCACCAGAUCCUCUGGCUGUUCGGCGAAGACUGCAUAGUAACCGAGGCCGGAGCAAGCAACUUCUUCCUCGUCUGGAAAACACCAGAAGGAAAACUACAGCUUAUCACUGCUGAUCUUAACGAGCGAAUCGUUCUUGAUGGCGUUACUAGGCGAUCUGUUCUCGAGCUCGCGCGAUCACGUCUUGCACCCGGCCACGAGGAUUUGGAGCCCAUCGAGAUCGUCGAGCGGAAGUUCAGCAUGUUUGAGGUCGAGAAGGCCGCUCAGGAGGGGCGCAUCGUCGAGGCUUUUGCAUCAGGCACUGCCUGGUUCAUUGCACCCAUUGGCCAGAUCCAUUUCAGAGGAAAGGACUUCACCAUCCCGCAAGAGGCAGGCGAGAGUGGCAAGUACACCAAGGCCAUCAAGUCUUUCCUCAAGGGCAUCAUGUGGGGUGAGGAUGGUUUGGAACAGCAUGAGUGGGGCUAUGUUGUUGAGGAGUCGUCUUAGCGACCCUAGAAAUCUUCAAAACUUCUUUUCCUGGCGAAAUCAUAGAUAUUCUUUGCCGCUUUUCCACAAAAUGGUGGUUCUAUUGAGCGUUAUGUUUGUAAUGACAUAAAAAAUUCAUAUUCAUAU